UACGGAACCACGGAAGAACGCCAACACAUUGUCGUGAUCAUCUCCAGGGUUGCAGGUAGUACAUCAGCGAUGGGAGGCGACCUUGACUCUUCAUCGGCCCUGUCGGCCGCCCUCGACACUCUGCCAUCCAGGCCAUGGCUCGCCUCUGGAGGCGCUCUCGUGGCCCUCUACAUCCUCUACAACCAGCUCUUGCCCAAGCCACUGCCGGGGAUCCCCUACGACAAGGAAGCAGCAGGCCGCAUCAUGGGCUCCAUCCCAAACCUCGUCGCCAAGCGCAAACGGGGCGAGGCGGCCCGGACCUUCUUCCCCGAGCUCUUCGCGGGGGCAUCCGCGCCGGUGGUGCAGUACUUCAUGGGCCCGUGGAACAAGGCCUCCGUCGCGGUGGGCGACUACCGCACCGUGCAAGAGCUGUUCGUGAAGCACGGCAAGGACUUUGGGCGCGGGCACAUGAUGCGCACCAUGUGGUCGAACACAAUGCCGGCACAUUUCAUCGGCAUGGAGGACGACGACCCGCGGCUCAAGAGGGUCAUGGCGCUGGGAAGAGAUCUGAUGACGCCGACGGCCCUGUACGAGGUCAAUGCCCCGGCCUCAUACACCAAAGUCCUCCACCACAUCGAGCUGUGGCAGCGCAAGGCCCGCCUGGCCGAGGGCCACGCCUUUGAUGCCUACGACGACCUCGGCAUGCUGACCUACGAUAUCAUCAUGGCUGCCGCGCUCAACAUCGACUACAGCGACACGCAGAUUGCGAGAUACACAGCGUAUCUCGACCGCGAGCCUUCCAUCAAACUACCCAACAAUCCAGGCAGCAGCAGCCAGGGACUCGCCGUGUUCCCUCCAGUCGAGCUGCCCGACAUGCUGCACUCGCUCAACAGCAUCGCCCUCGCAGCCGGCGCCUCCCUGUCCACGCCGUUCCCGCAGAUGUACCACUUCUUCAACAACCGCAAGCCGCACAUGCGCAAGGCCUACCACGACCGCGACACCAUCAUCAAGCGGUACAUCCACGACUCCGUGCGCCGGCUCGAGGCUGCGGCGGCGGCGGGCAGCGGCGGCGGCACGGAGGCGUUCAAGCCCGGCUCCGCAGUCGACUUCAUCGUCAAGCGCGAGGCCACCGCCGCGGCCAAGGAAGGACGCGAGCCCGAGUACACCUCGGACACGGUCAUCCAGAUCAUAUUUGGGUAUCUCCUCGGCGGGCAGGAGUCUACCAACACGACCCUGGCAUACACGGUCAAGCGGCUGGGCUCGGAGCAGGAGGCGCAGAGGAAGCUCCGCGCGGCGCUGCGCGAGGCGUAUCCCGAGGCGUACGCCCGGCGCGGCGAGCAGCCGGCGCUGAGGGACGUGCUGGCCAAGCAGAUACCCUACCUGGAUGCGUUUAUCGAGGAGGUGCUCAGAGUGCACCCGCCGGCAUUUGGUACGUCGAGGCUGGCCAAGCGGGACAUGGAGAUCCUGGGACACAAGGUUCCAAAGGGGCACAUGGUGUUCACCGCAUUUACGGGGGCGACGUAUAACGCAAAGGGGUACCUGGACAAGGAGAGGCGUGAGCAGCUGGCCUCCUCCUCUUCGCAUUUGGCGCCCGGCGAUGGAGUCGCGGACUGGGCCGAUAGUGAUUUCGCGGCGGACGAGUUUCAUCCUGAGCGCUGGCUACGCGUGGAAGACGAGGAGGAGGGUGGUGGUGGUGGUGGUGCUGCUGCUGCUGGUGGAGGGAAAGGCAAGGUUUCGUUCAAUCAGAAGGCUGGCCCGAUGAUGUCGUUCAGUGCGGGCCCGCGGGCGUGCUGGGGCAAGAGGCUGGCAUAUCUGGAGCUGAAGCUGGUCGUGACGCUGCUGGUCUGGAACUUUGACUUCCACAGACUGCCGCCAGAGCUCGAGGACUGGGUGCUGGACGAAGAGCUCUUUGUCAAGCCCAAGACGUGUCGGGUGUUGCUGUCGAGUGCUUGGGAUGUAUAAAGAUUCCGGCAAUAUUGUUUGGCCAGCGAACUGCUAGCACCUCGCUUGCCGUAUUCUUGCUUGCAUUCAUGCUCGGCACGACAAGAGUAGCGUCCCCAGCCCUGACGCUGAGACUGCACCCCAGCGAAGUGGUCCUCGUUGGGAAAUCAACAUCACUGUUGUAACACCCUAAAAAUUCUCCACAGUAUACGUACCGGAUCCUUCUCGGCUCUGCAAGACACAUGCCUGGACCAUCCACCGCGAAUCCAGAAGGCACCCAAGGACCUGGCAGUGUCGGUUUGAUUGCACUGAUGAUCCCUCACAUUCCUCACCACUAUGGGACUUUGUGGAAGAGAUUAGAAGGCUGGGAGGUUAUAAAGCACCGCUAGGAUCGCUCACCAUCCUACCAAGUUUCUCGAAUUUCAAUCACCGGCAAUGCGCCUCGUCGGAGU